CGGGGACAUCCCGCCCGGGUAUGGCUCCAAGACCCGGAACAUUCCCGGGGUCCGGGGCCAGCCCCGCGCCCCACGGACCCUGAGCCAUCCGACGGGCAGGGACGCGCUCCGGGCGCCUGGCCAUGAAGAUGGUCCUGGUGCGGCGGUUCCGCGUGUUCAUCCUCGUGGUGUUCCUCGUGGCCUGCGCGUUGCACAUCGCCCUGGACCUACUGCCCACGCUGGAGCGGCGCGCUGCGCGGCCCUCCGGGGACCCGGGAUGCUCGUGCAUGCAGCAGCAGCAGCAGCAGCUUGCAGCCGAUGCAGGCUGGGCCCCUGCGAGGGGCCACCCCGAGGAACCCCCCAACGCAGCAGCAGCAUCUGCUCCGGGCGACUCGGGCUGGCCCAAGAAGCACACGCUGCGCAUCUUACAAGACUUCAGCUCCGACCCUUCCUCCAACCUCACGUCCCACUCUCUGGAGAAGCUUCCCCCGGGGGCUGAAGCAGCCGAGGGGCCCGGCCCACCCAGACCCCGCAACCCCGUGCACAGGCCUCUGCUGAGAGAGACCGGCCCCUUCUUGCAGCCCCCCGCGCCCAGCGGCGGUGGCUCCCUCCUGGCCCGGCUGUUUGAACACCCGCUGUACCAGGUGGCAGUGCCCCCCAUCACGGAGGAUGACCUCCUGUUCGACCUCAACAGCAACCUCAGACUCCUCCCCAAGGCAGUAGAUGACAGCCCAGACUGGCCUCACGACGGGACAGAAGAUGAAGGGGUCCUGCCCACUGGUGGGGUGGCCGAGGACACCUACCCCAACUGGCUCAAGUUCCACGUUGGCAUCAACCGCUACGAGCUAUACUCACGGCAUAACCCAGCCAUUGGGGCGCUGGUGCGGGACCUGGGUGGCCAGAAGAUCACCAGCGUGGCCAUGAAGUCGGGGGGCACACAGCUCAAGCUCAUCAUGACAUUCCAGAACUACGGGCAAGCACUGUUCAAACCCAUGAAGCAGACACGGGAACAGGAGACGCCCCCAGACUUCUUCUACUUCUCUGACUAUGAGAGGCACAAUGCUGAGAUUGCUGCCUUCCACCUGGACAGGAUCCUGGAUUUCCGCCGGGUCCCUCCUGUGGCUGGCAGGAUGAUCAACAUGACUAAGGAGAUCCGCGAUGUCACAAGGGAUAAGAAGUUAUGGAGAACCUUCUUUAUCUCUCCAGCCAACAACAUCUGCUUCUACGGAGAGUGCUCCUACUACUGCUCCACGGAGCACGCCCUGUGCGGGAAACCUGACCAGAUUGAGGGCUCGCUGGCCGCCUUCCUGCCUGACCUGUCACUAGCCAAGAGGAAGACCUGGCGCAACCCCUGGCGUCGCUCCUACCACAAGCGCAAGAAGGCAGAAUGGGAAGUAGACCCCGACUACUGUCAGGAAGUGAAGCAGACACCCCCCUACGACAGCACCAACCGUGUCCUGGACAUCAUGGACAUGACCAUCUUUGACUUCCUCAUGGGUAACAUGGACCGGCACCACUAUGAGACCUUUGAGAAGUUUGGGAAUGACACAUUCAUCAUCCAUUUGGACAACGGCAGAGGGUUUGGGAAACAUGCCCACGACGAACUCUCCAUCCUGGCCCCCCUACAGCAGUGCUGCAGGAUCCGGAGAUCCACCCACCUGCGACUACAGCUGCUGGCCAAGGAAGAAUACAAGCUGAGCUUGCUGAUGGCCGAGUCGCUGCGGGAAGACCGUGUGGCCCCUGUCCUCUACCGGCCGCACCUCGAGGCCCUGGACCGCCGGCUCCGUAUUGUGCUGCGGGUUGUCCGGGACUGUGUGGAGAAAAACGGGCUGGUCAGUGUGGUCCAGGAUGACCUGAACCCACAGCACAGUGCUCCUGCCCAGAGGUAGUGACCGCCUUGCCGGCUUGUCCUCGUGCGGGGCCCGUGCCGGAGGCUGGGGACAGGCUGGUGGUCUUCAGGCCAGAAAAGCUGGGACGCUGGUGUGGUGAGCGCCCUGCUGAAGAGCAGCCACCUCGCUCUCUGCAUUUAUAUGCUGCAGACACAUCUAUGGGGCAUGUCUGUGCUUCAGGGCUCCGUCAGGCCCCCUUUCCCCUGACCACACACAGACUGUCCUGUCAGUUGGGGCGGCUUGAGUAGCUUGGACCCCGUGGGCCUGGGACUGUCCUGCCCCCACUGGACAGCAAAAACCUCUGCAGUGCUGGGGCAGUGGCUGCAAUGUGGUAAAAGUGCAAUAAAGAUUCUGCAAGUG